AUGGCGGCCGACGGAGGAUCCGGAGGAGGGACUCCCCUUGAAGAUCGACUUCGCAAUCUGAUCCUGAGCCACUCCGAGACCCCUUCCGCCAAAAAGCCACCAAUUAGCGGUGCUUCUCAACCACCGCUUGAUGACCUCGUCUCUCAAUCUCCCGCGCUCUCGGAACCGGAAAACCCGCCGAGCCCGUCAUCGCCGAGCAACAGAGGAGGGCCGGCAUCCAGGACGUCCCGGAAGCGACCAAACCAAGCGCAGCGCCGGCAAAUGUCAGCCCAGCUGUCCAUCCCCAUCGACACUCGCCCGCAGUUCCACCAGUCACAGAGGCCAUAUGGCGGUCGAGGCCACGGCAGGAAUGAUCACCACAGGAUGCAAGAGUCGCGCUCGGCCACCUUCCGCCCGCCCAGUCUUGGGAAUGAGAUGCUGAACGCCCCUCUGACAGGGGUACCGUUUCCUUCCCGGCCGCGGCACCAACCUUCUCUCUCGUACCACGGCCCUAUGGCGGCAAGACCCAAUCAGUUUGGCCCGCCACAGCCUCCGAUGCAUCAUGGAGACCCCAGACUGUCGUACAAGAUGCCGGGUAUGUCUCCCAUGCCGCCCAUGCCUUUCGACAGCUCCUCCCAAAUGCACCCAGGACAAGGAGGUCCCAAUAUCAGCACCCGCGGGAGGCAGUUCAAUGGCCCUAGGCAAGACGAGUUGAUGGCUCAGGCCGAGUUGCUCGAGGGUCUCUGUCGCACCAUCGUCGCCGACGCUGAGAUCGAACCUUCUGAAAUCAUGGAGAAGGAGAACUUCCGCCUCAUGAUCGAAGCAGUGGCCCGGUCCGUCAUCACGGAGCACGAGAGAACCCAGAACGGCUUUCUCGACUUCCCUCCCAAGAGCGUGCAGCUCAAGUGCUUUGGUAGUCUCGCUUCUGGCUUUGCCACCAAGGCGUCUGACAUGGACCUCGGCCUCUUGUCACCGCUGUCGCGCGUCCAACCCGAUGCUCCAGGCUCUCCCAUCCCCCGCCUCAUCGAAAAGGCCUUCCUUGAAAUCGGUCUUGGCGCUCGAUUGCUCACACAGACACGCGUCCCCAUCAUCAAGGUGUGCGAAAAGCCUCCCGAGGAGCUACGCCAGGCGCUGCUGGGGGAGCGCACGAAGUGGGAACGUGGCGUCACCGAGAACCUCGAGGAGGAUGAGGCAUCGGGCGCCCAAGACUCACACACGGCUGACGGGAAUCAGCCCACCGAGAGUCGGGCGCAGGAGGAUGGCCUCACACGUGAGCAGCGGCUGCAGGGGUUCAAGCAGAACGACUCGUCUAACUUGUCCGGCUACUACGGUUCUGCCAAGCGCCUUCUCCGGAAGCUCGGCGGGCGUGACAUAACCUACUCAAACGCUGCCGAAUUCACGACAGAAGAUGUCACGAUUCUAAAUCAGGUGUGUCUGGCGUUUGUCGAAGGCCUGGCCGACAGCAAACUGCGGGACAGGCUGCUGUGGUACCGCUCCCUCAACCGCUACGACUUGAGCUCGCCUACCAAUCGCCGCACCCUGCUGGGAGUGUUUACCCAAGUCGAGGGCGAACAUAUGGCGUUGCUCUGGGAAUCGAGGCCGUUCCAGGAAAAGGAUAGGUCCCGCGAUGCCGCUGCAGAGACCGCUGUGCGGUCCUGGAGAGCCAUCCAAGACAGCCCUGACUACGGUCGUGAUCCGCUCGUGUACCAGAAGGAGCUGCAGUUGGCAGUCGAACAGCUGAAGAGGAUACCUUCCAUUCAGGUCUUACUUCUUGCCCAGGCCCAGGGCGAAUCGGCUGCAAACUACUGUUCCCGGGCGGUGGGACUUCUAAAGGACCUCGGCGGCUACGACUCGCACGCCCGGGUCGAGACGAUCCUGCCGACUUUGAUUGACCAUUAUGUGGGAGGCAUCUCCAACCCAACUAUCCGGAAGCAAGUUCAGGACUUCCAGCAAGCUCACGGCAUCAACAACCUGCAAGCCAUUGGCCGCAGGCAUAAAAGCCUGCAGCUUGCCCUUGAAUACGAAGCAUGUCUGGCAAAGGGGCUCUACCAGGGCGAAGACGCGGCCAAAGUGCGACAAUAUGUCGAUUUGCUGCGCGCUCCACUAACCAAGACAUCUCCUGGCGGUCAUUCCAACGGCAUGAUCCCGCUCCCUCCUGGCUCGGCGUCGCUGCUUGCUGACAUCCGCCUGCUUGGCGACCCGUCCCGGGCAGCACCGAACCAGCCGCGAGAUCGGUACAGCAGUGCGCUGGAAUUUCCCAAAUCCGGCGUCGGCGUCCAGUGCGACAUCAACUUUUCUGCACAUCUCGCCGUGCAGAACACGCUGCUCCUUCGCUGCUACUCCCACUGCGACCCCCGUGUCCGCCCCCUCGUCCUCUUCGUCAAACACUGGGCCAAGGUCCGCCGCAUCAACACCCCCUACCGCGGCACGCUGGGCAGCUACGGCUACUCGCUCAUGAUGCUGCACUACCUCGUCAAUAUCGCCCAGCCGUUCGUCUGCCCAAACCUGCAACAACUCGCCCGGCCGCCCGACCCGACCCUCACGCCGCAGCAGAUCGAGGAGACGGUUCUCUGCAAGGGCCGCAACAUCCAGUUCUGGCGCGACGAGGCCGAGAUCGUGCGCCUCGCGCGCGACAACGCCCUGACGCAGAACCGCGAGUCGGUGGGCCAACUGCUGCGCGGCUUCUUCGAGUACUACGCCAAGGGCGGCGCACCCAUGUCGACGCUCCCCUGCCGCAGCUUCGACUGGGGCCGCGACGUCAUCAGCCUGCGGACACAUGGCGGUCUGCUCAGCAAGCAGGCCAAGGGCUGGACUGGCGCCAAGACGGUCGUUGAGUCUUCAGCUGCGGCCGCACCGCCGCCGCCGCCGUCGCCGCCGGACUUGAACCCCCUACCCAGUGGGGAGCCGAGUAACGAUUCGGGCCCUCCUCCCCAAGCAGUAGCAACGACCGCCGCAGCCUCAAGCCAGCAAGCCCAUUCGCAACCAAAAAUCCAACCCAAGAAUGUCGAGGUAAAAGAAGUCCGAUACCGCUACCUCUUUGCCAUUGAAGACCCCUUCGAGCUGGACCAUAAUGUCGCGCGGACGGUCACGCACGCUGGGAUUGUCAACAUUCGGGAUGAAUUUAGGAGGGCAUGGCGGAUCAUACGGAAUGUGGGGCGUCAGGCUGGCCCAACCUCCGCUGCCACUGCCGCUGGUGGUGGUGGUGGUCAGGGCCAGCAGAGCCAUCCCGGUGGCGGGUGGAAGCAGGAGGAUCUACUGGAGGACGUCGGGAGCGCGGAGGAGACGAGGGAGGGGGAGGUGUUUGAGAGGUUGCUGGAGGAGUUGCAUGGGGUGCGUUUCGACGGGGAGGGCGCCACGGAGUGGGGUGAUGAUGGGGAGUGA